GACGCCGUUUGUUGACAAAUUGUGCGACAAGCAGUGAAGUCUUCAUUAGUGGUAGAACAGCUUCUCCCCACAAUAAUAAUCCCGAGACAGCGAUCACGUGACUCAUUUAGAUGAUACAUAUUUAAUUAACACGACAUUUCCCUUCAUUGAAUUGCAACGUGACCACGUAUGACUUGCUGUCAUUAGUUCGGAAGGCUCUCACCGGAUAAUGGCUUCUUAGCCUAGCUUAGCCUCGCUUAAGGUUAGCCUCGCAGCUAGGCUCUAUCGCAACAGUUUCUUUCAGAAAUGUGUCACAACGGGGGCACAACUUGUUCCUGUAACGUCGGCGUGUAGCAGCAGCAGCGGGACGACCGUACGGAGCCGCCGCUCAUGUGUCGUUCACUGCCGUCGGCUGAAUAGGUUUCCUCCGAGUCUGGAGCUUCCUGCGAGGCGCCGCCGACAUGCUGAACGUCCCGAGCCCGUCGUUCCCCGCGGCGCGCUCCCAGCAGCGGGUCGCUGCGUCCGGCCAGUCCGGGCGGAACAAGGUGGCCUUGAAGCCGGGACACAGUCUGAUGGACUGGAUCCGGUUUUCCAAGAGUGCAACGGACCUGACGGGGCUCAGGGGCCGUCUGAUCGAGGUCACCCAGGAAGAGCUGCAGAGACACAACACAAGAAACGACUGCUGGACCUGCAUACGAGGUAUGGUUUAUAAUGUGACCCCAUACAUGGACUACCACCCUGGUGGGGAAGAGGAGCUGAUGAAGGCAGCUGGAAUAGAUGGCACUGACCUGUUUGACCAGGUGCAUCGCUGGGUAAACUAUGAGUCCAUGUUAAAAGAGUGCCUGGUGGGUAGGAUGGCCACUGCUGUCAUUAAAGCCGCCGUCCCGUCCUCGCCACAGAGCAGCCUCGCCCCCCCCAUGUCGAUGGCCGCUCCCACAGAAAAAGACUCGCGGCCGCGGUACGACUGGUUCCAAACUGAUGCCACCGUUAAUCUGGUGGUUUAUGCUAAAAGAAAGAUCCCCAGCUCCGGCUGCACCACCGUUGACCUGGAGGGGGGGGCUCUGCGGCUGGAGGUGGUGCUGGGCAACAUGUCCUACAUGAUCCACUUACGUCUGGCUGACGACGUUGAGGGAAACGUUGCUGUCCACAAUGUCCCCCUCGUGGGGAAGAUCCAGGUCAGCAUCCGCAAACAGGCCAAAGGGAAGUGGAGCAGCCUGGGCCUGCCACUGGAAUUACACAAUACAUUUCUACGCAAGAAGGACCGAGCUCUCCACUACCGGGAUUGUGUGUUGGUGUCUAAGACGGAGGUGAACCACAACACACAUGUGUUCAGAUUGCAGCUUCCUCGUGGGACAGUCAUGCAUGUGCCUGUUGGGAAACACGUCUACCUCAAAGCGCUCGCCCAAGAACGAGCUUCUGCAGAGCUCUUGUUGAGACACGGCGCUCAGCCACAUGACAACGCAACGACAAGCCGCCACCCGAAUGUGCACAUGAGCUCAUCGCGGCGUCGUGCGUCCCCUCCAGGCACCGAGGUGGUGAGGCCAUACACUCCAGUAGAUCAGAGCCUGGUAGGCGCCCCCCAGGACCCCGACCUCUACCUCAUGAUCAAGGUCUACCCUGACGGAGUGUUCACCUCUCAUCUCAGCAGCCUGCACGUCGGCGACUGUUUACCCGUUAGCGGUCCAGAGGGUACUUUCAGUCUCCGCCCCCUGCGUGAUGUCACAGACCUCUACCUAUUCGCAGCGGGCACAGGGUUCACACCCAUGGCUCGCCUCAUCCAGCUGGCCCUCCAGGACAUGGACGCCAUCAGGAAAACCAAGCUGCUCUUCCUGAACCGCCGCGAGGAGGACAUUCUGUGGCGCCGCCAGCUGGACGAGCUGGCUGCUCACAGUGACAGGUUUCAGGUAGACUACGUGCUCUCUGAUCCCUGCGAGGGCUGGACCGGCAGGACGGGGAGGGUGGACGAGUCCAUGCUCCAGGACUUCCUCACCAGGCCACACGGGUCCAAAUGCUACGUGUGUGUGUGCGGCCCUGCUGCUUUUACGGAGCUGACAAUGGGGUUGCUGAAGCAGCAGGGCUUCAGUGAAGAGGAGCUCCACGCCUUCCAGGGCUGACGGAGCGCCGCCUCCACCCUGCAAAGACUCAGUGCCUGUGAGAGAGACGCCGUUGGCAUUCAUUUAUAUACUUGCUUGUGAGAAAUGAAUGAGUUGUAUUUCUAUGCACCAAGGUCGCCCCCCCCCAGCUGUGAUGGACAGUCACACAUUCUCAGUGUCUAAAAUAAGGUUGAAACUUUGCAACGGUUUGUAAAAUCCAAUCUACUCAGAUCCAGAGCAAUAAAUCUGAAUAUGUAAAUGGGUGUAAACGAUAUAUAUACGAAAGGAGUAAACGUGAGCUGUAAGGGAAAAGAAUACUCAUGGGUCCCAUUGUUCUACUGUUCUGCUACACGGAUGCAGUUAAAUAAAUCUAUUAUGGAACAUUUUAAA